AUGAAGAGAUAGAAGUGGGAACAUACAAAUAUUAAGAAAAAAUUGGGAAAGAGCAUUAGAAAGGGUUCAUUUAUAAUAAAUUCUAAAUCAAGUGAACUUAGAAUUUUGACACCUAUUACUUAAGAAAUGGAUUAGUCAUAAGGAUGUAAGAGUUCAUAAUAAUAAUAAUAGAAAAGUCAAAAAAAUACCGAAAGUUUUAACCAAUUUAGAUUAAAUCCAGCAUCUCAAUUGGUCUGGAAAAUAUUUAUAAAAUAAUUAGAAAGUCGGUUAUUGGUAUGCUCAAUGGAAAGGUGAAAUUAUCUAAGGUGUUGGCAAAGAGUAUUCAGAAAAAGGGAAUAAAGAAGGCAAAUUGA